UACCGCCAGGAAGCCCAAUAGAGGUGUACGGCUUCAAAGCUUGCGCACGCCACGUCGCCGGCCUCGAGUCGACGACGCCGUAGCCCACCGACAUGAGCGGCGCCACCGCCAAGUUCUCUUCCUCCUACCACCUCGCCGCCGCGCUCCGCCGCGAGCCCGACCCGGCGGCCGCGCUCCGCCUCUUCCUCAGCCCCACCCCGACCGCCGCCGCCGGGCCAUCCUCCUCCCCCGCGCCGCCGUUCCGCUACUCCCUCCGCUGCUACGACAUCAUCGUCUGCAAGCUCGCCGCCGCGCGCCUCUUCCCGGCCAUGGAGUCCGUCCUCGCCCGGCUCCCCUCCUCGCUCCGCCCGCGCGAGCCCCUCCUGUGCCGCGUCAUCUCCGCGUACGGCCGCGCCCGCCUCCCCGCCGCCGCCCGCCGCGCCUUCGCGCACCCGGCGUUCCCGGCGCCGCGCACCGCCCGCGCCCUCAACACGCUCCUCCACGCCCUCCUCGCCUGCCGCGCGCCCCUCCCGGAGCUCCUCUCCGAGUGCCGCGGCUCCGGCAUCCACCCCGACGCGUGCACCUACAACAUCCUAAUGCGCGCCGCGGUGGCCGACUCUGGCUCCGUCGACAACGCCUGCCUCCUGUUCGACGAAAUGCUGCAGCGGGGGAUCGCCCCGACUGUCGUCACGUUUGGCACCCUCGUCACUGCUUUCUGCGAGGCAGGACGUCUAGAGGAGGCAUUCAAGGUUAAGGAGGUGAUGUCUUUGCAGUACAACAUUAGGCCGAACGCUCAUGUGUAUGCGAGCCUGAUGAAGGCGCUCUGCGAGAAGGGGAAGGUGGAUGAUGCGCACAGACUCAAGGAGGAGAUGGUGAGCAAUUCAGAACCUUUGGUGGAUUCAGGAGCUUAUGCGACGCUGGCAAGGGCAUUGUUCCGGUUAGGGAAGAAAGGAGAGGUUGUUAGUUUGCUGGAAGAGAUGAAGGAAAAGGGAAUCAAGGUUGGUAGAGAAGUUCAUAAUUCGAUGAUUGCAGGGUUUUGUGAGGAUGAAGGGGAUCUGGAUGCUGCAUUUGCAGCGCUCGAUGACAUGCAGAAGGGUGGGUGCAAGCCGGACUCGGUGAGCUAUAAUACACUGGUUGGUGGUCUAUGCAAGAUGGGGCGGUGGCGGGAUGCAAGUGAGUUGGUUGAGGAUAUGCCACGAAGGGGAUGCCGUCCUGAUGUAGUCACCUACAGGAGGCUGUUUGAUGGGAUUUGUGAUGCUGGGGGGUUCAGCGAGGCGAGGAGGGUUUUCAAUGAGAUGGUAUUCAAGGGCUUUGCACCAAGCAAGGAUGGUGUGAGGAAAUUUGUUGCAUGGAUUGAGAGGGAAGGAGAUGCGGCGUCACUGGAGUCAGUGUUGUGCCAAUUGGCUAGCGUUAACGCCUUGGAAUCAAGUGAGUGGGAGAAGGCAAUGAGUGGUGUGCUCCAUGAUCCUGCAGAGCAGAAGAUUGUGAAGUUGCUGGAUAAUUUGAGCUUGGCUUGAUUAUAUAUCCCUAUGGAUUGUUGUCACUGUACUGGUUGUUUUUCUGAUCUGCCACAGUAGUUUACUGAUUUAAAUUUGAUGACUCUUGAGUAAUUAUCAUGGGAAGGAAAGAGAUACAACAUCAUCAAUACGAGGAGUUUGUCAUUAAAAAUACAUGCCAAUCUAACAUCAAUGGUGCAUUCUUGAAGCAAAUGAAGCAAGGAGUCAUAGGGAUGAUUGCAAGUGAUGAUACAGACCAAGUCUUAUUUUUCAUAACGCUGCCGUCUUCAGCAAUGAUUGCAAACAGAGUUUGAGCAUGCAAAUAUGCUCUGUCCUUGGCAAAGAUUUGGAUCAACCGCCUAAUCAUCGUUGAGUAAGGCACUGCAAAUCCAGUUGAGCUUCUAUUUCUCUACGAUGUGGCAUGGAGUCCAUCCAAAUUUUUUACACCGAAGAAAGAUGUCUGAAAACUUGCAGCGGAGAUAUCAAAAUUAAGAAAAAAAAAACUCGGUAGAGUAGGACAUGAAAUUGCCUGGAAUGCAAAAUUAUCAGGACUUAAUGCUGUUAUGUUGUAUUUUCAGUCCAAGUUCAGGGUUGUAUAUAGCAAUAUGAGCUCCGGGAUUGUACCCCCUAUACCCGUGAUAUCUAAUACUCCUAAAGAUCUCUCUUUUCCCA